AUGCCCCCAAAAAAGGCUGCCGCCGCAGAGAAAAAGACCCUUCUCGGCCGUCCCAGCAACAAUCUUAAGAUCGGCAUCGUAGGUCUCCCCAACGUCGGAAAGUCUUCCUUCUUCAAUGCUCUUUCGGAAACCGAUUUGGGCAAAGCUGCCAACUUUCCUUAUGCCACUAUAAACCCUGAAGAAGCCCGUAUCCCUGUUCCUGAUGCUCGUUUCGAGUGGCUCUGUGAUGUGUACAAGCCUGCAUCACGAGUCCCUGCCUUUCUCACUUGCAUCGAUAUUGCCGGCUUGACCGCUGGUGCUUCCACCGGUGCUGGUCUCGGAAACGCUUUCUUGUCCCACGUCCGCGCCGUCGACGGUAUUUUCCAAGUCGUCCGUGCAUUCGAUGACGCUGAAGUCAUUCACGUCGAGGGAGACGUCAAUCCCCUGCGUGACAUGGAAAUUAUCCAAACCGAACUUCGAUUGAAGGAUAUUGAAUGGGUCGAAAAAGCACUCGACAACUUGAAAAAGUCUGGCAGGAACCUGGGAAGUACCAGCUUGGCUGACAAGGCCAAGAAAGAGGAAAUCGCCACUGUUGAGAAAAUUCUCAAGACCCUCACGGUUGAUAACAAGGAUAUCAGAAAGGCUGAAUGGAAUAACAAAGAGAUUGAUGUCGUCAACGGAUUGACCCUUCUCACUGCCAAACCCAUCACCUACCUUGUCAACUUGAGCGAAAAGGACUACGUUCGCAAGAAGAACAAAUGGCUGCCCAAAAUCAAGGCGUGGAUUGACGCUAACAACCCCGGAGACCCUCUCAUUCCCUUCUCUGUCGCUCUGGAAGAGAGACUUGUUCUCAUGAGCCCAGAGGAGAGAAAGGAAGAGGAAGCUAAAGUGGGUGCCACCAGCGCCCUUCCAAAGAUCACACAGGCUGGUUACUCAAGUCUCGACCUCAUCCGCUACUUCACUUGUGGUCCCGAUGAAGUUCGUGCCUGGACAAUCAGAAAAGGAACCAAGGCUCCUCAGGCCGCCGGUGUCAUCCACUCCGACUUUGAGAAUAAAUUCGUUUGCGGUGAAAUCAUGUCAUACGACGACCUGAAGGAGUACGGCAGUGAGGCUGCUGUCAAAGCUGCCGGAAAGCUUCGACAACAGGGCAAGCCCUAUGAGAUGGUCGAUGGUGAUAUUGCGUACUGGAAGGCUGGAGGUUAA